AUGGAUCUUGAAUUCAAUUUUUCAAGAUAUGUGUUGAAUGAAAUGAAGAACAAUUUACAAGAGAAAAGGAAGGACAAAUUUUUAAUGUAUCCAAGGUUUCUUCAGAUGAUCUUUGACAAUCAAUAUCCAGAUAUAGAAAGGAAAGGUCAAUCCUUGGAUUUGAAGUCUCUGGGUGCAAACACAUUUUGUCUAAUGAAGCAAAACCGCAAAGGUGAUGAUGAGAUAGUUCAAGAGGAUAUUGUAUUAUAUAUGUUGAUGAUGAGGAGGAUGAUGAUGGAGCUGAAAUGGUUCAUGGUGAUGAUUUAUCAGAUGGCCGAUGUUAUUGCUAAUCUGGAUUCUACUACGAGGAUUCCUCCCCGAGCAGAUGCUACUCUAGCCAUUACGCCAUCUAAGAGUGAUAUUCAUGAGACACAAUCCUCCUAUCCUCCACUUAAAAGGAGAAGAGUCGAUCUAAGAGCCCAACAUUGUUCGCUCAUUUUUUUUAAAGUCGAGAGUUCUUCAGCUCCUGGUGGCUCAUCAACACCCCAACCUGUGCAUGAUGUUGCCUCGGAGAGGCUUUCCAGGUUCUUAGCUCAACAGGAUUUUGACCCUGCACCCCCAGACGAAGGGAUGUCUAUUGGUGCAGGGAGUUCCGGGGGAGUUGAUCCAUUAAUUUUUGAGCUCCAAGCAAAGAUUAUUAUUUUAAACCAGAAGAUCAUUGAGAAAGAUGUUUUCAUAGGAAUUCUAGACGUUAGAUUUUCUGAUUUUGAAAAUGAAAACCUUGAAAAAUCACAACGAAUUUCAGCUCUGCAACUCAAUCUUGGUGCUCUCUCUGCUGGAUACUUAGAUAUGAAGAACAAGGUAAUAAGUAAAUUUGGCAAAAAAUUCAAAUAA